AGCGCUUCUUACACUUUCAUCUUAAGCAUUUGAGCUUGCAUCAAGAGUUCAAGACUAAGGAUGUCUUGCAACUGUGGAUCAAGCUGCGGCUGCGGCUCAAACUGCAACUGCGGCAAGAUGUACCCUGAUUUGGAGGAGAAGAGCGCCGCCACCAUCGUCGUCCUCGGCGCCGGGCCUGCGAAGGCACAGUUCGAGGAGGCCGCCGAGUCCGGCGAGGCCGGCCAUGGCUGCAGCUGCGGCGCCAACUGCAAGUGCAACCCUUGCAACUGCUAAGAUGCAAGCGGUCGAUGCGCUUGUGGUGAUCGUGCCGUGUGUCAUCGUGUGAAUAAAGGAACAGGCGCCGGCCAUCUGGUCGGUGCUGUGGUGUGGUUUGCUCU